GCACGACCGUUGCACGGUAGCCAGAAACGAAAGUAGCUAUAAAUUUCAAGUGUGCUCCAUGUGACAGGCUUUGUCGGUUGCAACUGUUACGACCGGCAUAAAAUUGUGUCUGCUAAAAUUAUGAGCAGCUCCAACCAAACUGUAUUUCACCAAAUGACGAUUACUGAUAGUCAGUCUUUAGUAAUGAUUCACUGAGUUUAAAGCAAAGUACCGGAACUAAUAUUACAAAACAAAACGACGUCGAGUAGUCUUCGCCCCGUUGUUUUAUUUCGUUUUUCAUCACCAGUUGGAAAAGUAAAGCCUACUGCAACAAUUUCCAAGUCGGUUGUAGAUCUGUCAGUCAAAAGCUAACAAAUUUCAUCCUUUCCUUCUCACAGAAGCGCUUCUAAACAAUAGUUUUCGAAACAUACUUCCAAAAAUGCCGUACACUGCCCGAGUUGGUCCUAAAGUUGCAUCCGCUCUCGGAAGAUGGGCCUACAAUAUGGCCGGAUUUAAUCAGUACGGUUUGUACCGUGACGAUUGCCUUGCUGAGUACGGUGAUGUACGAGAAGCUGUUCGGCGCCUGCCAGAGAAGCUGAAGGACGAGCGAAACUAUCGUUUUAUUCGAGCUUUGCAUCUCUCGGCGACACACACCGUUUUACCGAAGGAACAGUGGACCAAAUACGAGGAUGAUGUGAAGUAUCUCGAGCCGUACCUUAAGGAGGUUAGGCGAGAGCGCGAAGAAAAAAACAAAUGGGAAACGACUAUGUAGGAAGAUGUACUUUAAUAUUUUAAAAAAAAUACAAUUUGAGAUU